GCGCUGGCGGAAGGGGCGGGGCUAAAACCGGCGGCACUUCCGGGAGCGGCGCGGGGCGGAGGUGGAACAUGAGCUGGAUCCCGUUCAAGAUCGGGCAGCCCAAGAAACAGAUUGUACCCAAGACAGUGGAGAGAGACUUUGAGAGGGAAUAUGGGAAGCUGCAGCAAUUGGAAGAUCAGACCAAAAAACUUCAGAAGGAUAUGAAGAAAAGCACAGAUGCAGAUUUGGCCAUGUCCAAAUCUGCAGUGAAGAUCUCCUCAGACCUGCUGUCCAACCCCCUGUGUGAGCAGGAGCCCUCGUUCCUCGAGAUGGUCACGGCCUUCGACACGGCCAUGAAGAGGAUGGACGCCUUCAACCAGGAGAAGGUGAAUCAGAUCCAAAAGACAGUCAUAGAGCCUUUGAAAAAGUUCAGCAGCGUUUUCCCGAGCCUGAACAUGGCAGUGAAGCGCCGGGAGCAGACGCUGCAGGACUACAAACGCCUUCAAUCCAAGGUGGAAAAAUAUGAGGAAAAGGAGAGAACUGGCCCUGUCCUGGCCAAGCUGCACCAGGCCCGCGAGGAGCUGCGCCCGGUCAAGGAGGACUUUGAAGCCAAGAACAAGCAGCUCCUGGAGGAGAUGCCCAAGUUCUACAGCAGCCGCAUCGAUUACUUCAAACCCAGCUUCGAGUCGCUGGUCCGGGCACAGGUUGUCUACUACACGGAGAUGCACAAGAUUUUUGGGGACCUGACGGCGCAGAUCGACCGGCCCGGGCUGAGCGACGAGCAGCGCGAGCGCGAGAACGACGCCAAGCUCAGCGAGCUGCGCGCCCUCUCCAUCGUGGCUGAUGACUGAGGCCAGGCUGGGCACGGGGAGGGAGUAGGGAUGGGGAUCCCCCCGUUUUCAGCCCAGCUGCCCCUCCCAGGGAUGGACUUGUGGGGCUGGAGCUGCUCCCGUCACCCCACGGCUCUGCGUCGUCUUUGUCAGUGCACGAAUGAGUUUUGCCUUAAAGGUUGGGGUGUGGAGGAGCAGGAAGGGGAGCGAUACUAAAGAUGGGGAGUGGGAUGGGGGGGGCUGGAUUUUGCCAGGUUCCAGCCUCCCUUGGCACCCCCAGAGCCCAGAGGGUGAGACCCCCCACUCCUUCCCCUCAUUUUGUGCCUUAGUAGCCCAGUGGGACUCUCAGGGGAGGGUAAAAUCACUCAAAUGCCAUUUUUUGAGGUACAGGGAGAGGGGGAUGCUUCUCAUGGUGAGCAUCCAUCCCUCUUUUCCCAGGCUCCAAAGAGCCUGUGCCCCAGAGCUGGGGGUGCAGGGUGGGGACAGGGGACCCCAGACACCAGAGCAGGGACGGGUGGGGACAUCCCUAAGGGAGACAACCCAGCCAGGAGCAAACCUAUGGAAAACUGAGGGGCUUCAGCCCCUCCUCAGUGUGUGGGAAGGGCCGCAGGGACUCCAUAGCGUGUCCCCAAUAAAGUUUUCGGCAGCGUG